AUGGAAAGGUACGAAGGUCUUCCGGUGUGGCGUCGCCGUAACGCUCUGAGCAAGAUUUUUAUCUGCUUGGGUCUUAUCUUCCUACUCCCUCUGAUCGCCAUCUAUUACCUGGCGUUCCCUCGUUCUCGCCUAAGCCGAGUGGUUCGCUCCCCCUUUAUGAAGUUCAUCUACCACAGCGCCUCCUUCGGCUGCUUUCUGAUCCUGCUCAUUUUGGCAUCGACGCAGACCGAUCGUUCGAGGCAGAAUAUCCGAGGCCCUGCCCCAUCACCUGUUGAGUGGUUCAUCUUAUUCUGGGUGACCGGCAUGGUGUGGUCCGAGUGUAAGCAACUGUGGGAAGAAGGAUUGAAGGCAUACAUUCGCCAGUGGUGGAACUGGCUCGACUUCAUCAUGUUGUCUCUCUAUUUGACGACAGGGUCCCUAAGGGCUGUGGCCUAUCUUCAGGUGCAGAGCGGCCAGUACGGAGCCCGCGUUCUUGAGCGCACCCGAUGGCCGUCGAACGACCCGACCCUAAUCGCCGAGGGGGUGUUCGCCAUGGCAAAUGUUUUCAGCUUCGCUCGGAUCAUCUACCUGUUCCAAACAAACCCUCAUUUAGGGCCUCUGCAAAUUUCUCUAGGCUGCAUGAUCAUCGACAUCGCAAAGUUCCUUUUCAUAUUUUUUUUGGUGCUUACAUCAUUCGUGUGUGGACUUAAUCAACUGUACUGGUACUACGACCCUAAUAUGGAAUUUUGCGAAACCAAGGAGAUUGGUGGUGUAAACAUUACGUUCAACUGUCAUCAUAAUCCAGACGCGUUUUUAACAAUUGACGCCAGUUACACAUCGCUGCUAUGGUCUCUCUUCGGCGUCAUUCCUAUCAAGGAUAUCAGUGCCCGCAGAGACCAGGCCUUCACGAAGUGGGUGGGACACGCUCUUCUUGGGGCCUACAUGAUUAUGGCGAUGACUGUUAUGAUCAACAUGCUGAUUGCUAUGAUGAGUCGCUCAUUUCAAGACAUUGAGGACCACAAAGACCGUGAGUGGAAGUUCGCUCGUUCUAAGCUAUGGAUGGGUUACUUCGACGAAGGCUCUACGCUACCUCCUCCUUUCAACCUCAUCAUCAGCCCCAAGUCCAUCUGGUAUUUUGCGCGAUGUUGGUUUCGUUUGGGAAAGUGCAUCUUCAAGUGGUCCUCCAACGGGAAACCGCGCUUCGACCACUCCGCUGUUAGGCCGGAAGCCACCAAUCCGACGUUCGUUGGAGACUUUUCGGAAAAGAGCAGCAGCUCGAAACUACCCAGGGACAGCACCCUGUUCCCCGUUCACUCAGCUGCUCAGGGGAGUGACGUCCAGUACCAGGAGGUCAUGAAACGUUUAGUUAACAGAUACAUUCACCGGGCAAAGAAGCAGCUUCGCCAAGACGGAGUAAGCGAGGAUGACCUUCUUGAAAUCAAGCAAGAUAUCUCCAGCCUUAGGUUUGAGCUCCGUGAGGACCGCAAACGGGAAGCAGCCCACAACGUCAGUCAACUGAACGCGCUCAGAAGAGACAUCCUCCGAGCCCCUGGAGGUGUUACUUCACCAACGUACCUGGAAGUCCCCCACCACCUCCCGCCCUCUCCUCAAGCUCAUCAAUCAGGAACUCCGCCAAUGAUGAUCUACGGAGGAAUUCUUACUCCAGAAGAACUGGCUCAUCUACGAAGCCAGAUAGUGAGCAGCUUACGUGAAGAGAUGAGAAAUUUGGCCGUGGAGCUUCACGUCCAGAACUGUCAAAGGCCGCACCAGGGGAUGUCCAUGUAUCAAAGAGAGACCAGAAGACCACCCGACCUUUUUCAGACACAUUUGUAUACACAGCUAUAACAACAACAACAACAAAUACACUCAUGAUGAUGAGUGGGGAAACUCGCCACCAGGGUUGAGGCCCACUACCCCAAUGACGACUACGCAGCUAUAAGCUGUAUAUGAGUUUGUCCGACUUACGCGUGCUGUACCUGCACCACAAAAACAUGAAGAAACGAAAAUGGCGUUCA